AUAUUGCAACUUAGUCCCUAACAUAUUAAUAUUAUUUUUAAAAUGUAAUGUUUAUAAACAAAAUCAAUUAAAUUAAAACAAAUUAAUCAACUCAACAAAUUAAUCAACUCAACAAAUUAAUCAACUCAUCUCCAUCUCCCUCACUUCAUCAUCGUGAACAGACGUUGAAAAUAAAAAUUCUUCAUCAUCUCAUCUUGGCAUUUUUUUCCCAACUACAAACUCAACACAACAGUUAUCGUCUCAUCUUAGCAUUUUUUCCCAACACUGCAAACUCAACACAACAGUAAUCGUCCCAUUCACAGGUUCGUCAAACGUAACAGGACCACAAAUCUGUUUGUGUUCGUAUUGAGCACGCUGCUGCAAAGGUGUACCAUGGAAAACACCGACCAUUAUGAUUCCAACUACUAUCGAUACCGUGACAGUGGAACAUCUGAUUCUGAAUCGGAGAAUGACAGUAAUUCGGUGUCCAGUGCGUACCAAAGUUCAAGUGAUGGCGAUGGCGAUGGUGAUAGUCACAAUGAAAAAUUCCAUGAAUUUGAUGCAGUUGUAGGUGAUAGAAUACUGAAAAUUGAUGCCCUUACUGCUGAUGAAAUUCGUGCUAUGGAAUUCGGUACAGUUGAUGAAGCUAAUUUGUUUUAUUUCAAGUAUGCUAAAUGUAAAGGGUUUGCCAUUAGGAAAAGUGAUGUUAGGAGAAGAUCGACUGGGGGUGGACAAACAAUUAUAAUGAGGCAGUUUGUAUGCAAUAAACGCGGUCUAAGAGAUACAAAACACUUAAGGAGGCUUGAUAGAAAAAGAGAACACAGACCUACGACCCGCACUAAUUGUCCCGCUAGGCUUCGUGUGCAUUACAACCCCCAGAAGGGUAGUUAUGUAGUGUCAUGUUUUGAAGAGGCUCACAACCAUGAAUUAACACCAUCUAGGUUUAUCCACUUACACCCCAUUUAUCUCAAAUGGAAUUAG